AUGCCUGGUCUCGUCAUGGACGAUGCCAGCGCGAGUGGUUCCAGACAAUGGGAAGAUUCACGCAAUAAUCAUCUCGAAAAUGGCGAGCUAAACCUAUCAAGUGCGACCCAACAAAAUGGGGAAACAGGGAGCUUCGGGAAGACGUCGCAGCUCGCAAAUGGGCCAAAGGACAUCGGCGCAUCCAACGCUCUAACGACUCGGGAAAAAGAACGGCCAGGCGCUGUUCCUGAUGCGACACAAUGGAAACAACCCCCGGAGCUUACGCAUAUUACCCAAGGGUUCUUCCCUUUCGCUGAACUAGUGAAUCGAGCCGUACAACAGUGCUGGAAUGACCUCUCGGAAAUGAUCACAGAAUUGGCAGAGAUCCAAGUGGCGUCACAGCCUCAGCAGCCAUCACAGAUAGCUCUUGCAACUGGCAAAGGCUCAGGAAACCAGACACCGGAUAACAUACACAAGAAGAUUCGGAUACUAGAAUUUGCCCAGGCCAAACGAACGGAAUUUAUCAAACUCCUAGUCUUGUCCCAAUGGAGCCGUCAAGCAGACGACGUCAGCAAGCUAAUUGACUUGCAAACCUUUAUUCGUGUGCGGCAUAUGUCCUAUCAAGCAGCCAAUCAACGAGUAGCAGAUAUGAAGAUGGAUUUAGUGAGGGCUCAGGUCGCAAACCCUGAUUUGAAGACGGCACUGGAGAUUCUGACCACAGCCCGUGCUUCUCACAUGUCAGAUCUUGGUUACAUACCUCCAAAGCCCCUAAGUGCAAGACGCCUCCUAAGAACAUUACAAAAGAUCAACCGAACCAUUAGCACCCGCCUGGUGACAUACGAUUCCAUUCCAUCCUCAUUCAACAAUUACCGAGUCCAUGACGGUCGUGUCACAUUUUCCGUCCCCAAGGAGUUUGAAGUUGACCUCUCAAUCGCCGAGGAAGACCCUCUCUCUCAGUUUUAUUUUAUUGAUAUUCGAUUUCUGUUCACGCCAUCUUCCCCUAUACCCAAAGGCCGAUUUUUCAACGAACUUGACUCACGACUCAAUAAUAUCUUAAAAGCGCAAGGUCUAACCGGCUGCUUCGACUUUUUACACAAUCUAGUUCUUGUGAACAAGAUCAACGUUCUUUUCAAGCAGGCGAUAGAUCUUUCCAGAGGCCAAUGGUCAGGCGCUUUACGUGUGGAGCUGUUGCAUCGUAUCUUGGUAAUACAGUAUUGGCCUGAGAAAACGUGGCCCGAGAAAAAUUGGCCCAAGAGUUGGAUAGAAAUAGGUGUUGAAAGCGGACGUCAACAUGGUCGACAGAUUCCUCACAUCGGCUUUCGUUGGAUGCGUGAAGGGAAGCAAGUCGACUCAUCAGAUGUCUUCUUCGACACUGAAACGCUUUCUAUUGAGUCUGUUCUGCGGAGUGUGGUUGCAAUACAUACCUCUCACUUGCUCCGCUCGGCUUACGAUCGUCUUCGAUCGGAGGCUUUGUUUGCGAGCGGCCAGCUUGCAAUCAAAGCCCAGUUGUCUACAACCGAACCAGGGAGCUGUCAUCUUCAUGUUCAACUAACGCCAUCUCGACAUCUCGAUGCGUCCUUGGAACCUGUUUCAGGCUCCACGUCCAUCCAUACCAAACCGUCUCUCUUAUCUCGCCUUGAAAAGGGGGGUGCUUCAGACGACCUCGCUACCCGUAUAUCUCGACUUCGUUGUAUUGCGGCCAUGGAAGAAAUCGAAUCUAAUACGAAGACGCUAGGAUGGGAGAGUGUCGAUCAUCGGAAAUUCAAGGUUGAUAUACAAGGUCUCUUUCCCAGGAAUAUCCUACGUGCUUCUUUCUUCCGCAACCGGCUCUGGAGCCCUUCAUGGAUCAUCGCGGCAACAACCAGUCUGAGCGGUGAUGAUUGGUGGAUACUCCAUCUCAAGCCACGAUCGUCUUCGGGUCCUGGUCUCCUCGAGCAAAACCGUCAGUCCGCAGGAGGAUUCUCGAUUCAGUCCACUCGUGUGUUGACGGGCGGCCGGAUGCUGUCUAAAGACCCUCAAAACUUCUUCCCGGAUCUCGAUUACUCGUUGACAGGAAUUCUUGUAAUGCAUUCAAAUGCAUUAUGGAUGACAGAGUCUGCGUUCCUGAAUUCUUUGCCAUCAGUGGAAAAUCUACAUCUUACAUCCAAUUUGAAGAUUCCGUGUCUCUACGUAAAUCUCGAUACUGAAAAUUUACCAGAAGCACUACGAAUUGGACCAUCAUCUGGCCCAAAGAGGAAGUCUUACGUCCAAAAAUCCAUCACGCUAUCAUAUCAUGGAUUUGAUCAGCGAGCGCGGAAAGCCAGUGUUGUGGCAUACGGUCGUUUUCACACGCCUUUGCGAAAAUUUGGUCUGAUAAUGUCGAAACUGGACGAUUGCGUUCUUGUCCGACAAAAAGGAAAAGCCUUUGCAAUUCGUUUCCUCGUUUCCCCUGGCCAACCUAUUAUUGUCGAUCUAUGCGAGCGAAUCCAACGGCUCAACAUUGCACUGUCGCUGCUGGAAACUCUGCGGCAGAACAAAAUUACUGUUCAAUCGAUAUCCUUAUCGCAGCUCUCCUUUGCAUACGGUCCACAGGAGGACCUUCGAGCACACAUCUCGAUUAAUAUGGAUAGGUCUGGUAGCGUACCUGAUCUCGAUGCUUCAACCCUUUGUUCACAAAGCCAAUCACUCUUCCGUUUGACUUUUGACAUAUCGUUUAAUAACCCAAAUCCGCACAACCGAAUCAGGCAACCUCUAGCGACAGUAAUGAACCAGAGUGGGCCUGGCGCUGGGGUCUUUUCUGUGCUUCAAAAUCUUAAACUUACGCUGCCAGUACUUCGCUCUCUAGACCGCCUUGUUGCUGAGCCUCUUCGUAACCAGGCCUUGAGGGUACAGAUAUCAGUUCGAAGUGCAAAGGAAUACCAAAUCCACUACUCUGGUUUGUCAUUCCGCUUUCUUUUAGCGGCUGGAUAUCGGCAUGAUCGUGUUGUGUGGACAUUAAAGAAUGUCGUAAAAUUACAAAACACCAGGCGCGAAAUAGAAGAAGCUGUGGCAGCAAAACUAAAGGAAAAAGUAUUCAAUGGAAAAGGAACCGGCUGGCAAGGUAUCGGAACUGGUGCUGUAGCAGAAGUGAAUGAAGUCGGCAACUUACUUUCCGAGCUUGAUUCUUGUUUUGCAGAUGUCUCGUUCACCGCACUUGUGGAAGAUCCGCGGGGUGCGCAUGCUGAACAGCAACAACAAACACUGAAAACAGGCGUAGGGAGCAUAGGAGGAGGAGGAGGAGGAGGAGGACUUGGGAUGCAACAAGGCCAAGGACCUCAAGUCUCUCGUAUCAACUUGCAUUCUUCGAGCAAGACGAGAGGUCAUGAUGUAAUUACGAUUGACUAA